UCUCCUUUGCCUGAGGACGUGAUAAAGGGACGGCGGCAGCAGUGGCAGGCAGGAAUUGAGUUCUGGAUUGGGCUCUGGCCAGCGACCCAGGCCCCCUUCUAGGCUGCAGCCUGCAGGAGCGUGGUCCUUUACCCGGAAACUCUACAAAAGCAGCUCCCAGCGGAGGGAAUAUUAGCAUCCUAAAGAUGAAGGGAGAUGCUGCAUAUUCCACGGUGGGCUCACGGCAGAAGCAGGAGGGGAAGCUCUGGGACUCCAUGAAGACAACUGGCUUCAUACUGGGCACUAGCCUGUUGCUGUUUGCUGCCUUCAGGAACUCUGUCACCUGGCACUUGCAGAAGUUCUGGGGGGCUUCGGGUGAUUUCUGGCAGGCCCAAUGGGAGAAAGUGCUCCACUUGCUUGGCGGAAAUGAAUGGGCAAUUUUCUUUCUAGGCAUGGCCGUAGUUCCAAGCCUUGUUUACUGGUGCUUCAAUGGACUCCUGAUGGUGGCAGAUGUGACCGGAAAGCCAAAUUUCAUCACCCGUUACCGAAUUCAGUUGGGCAAAAACGACCCUGUGGACCCAGAGAAGCUGCGGCAGGCUGUUCACACAGUGCUGGGUAAUCAGGUUUUCAUCUCUCUCCCAAUGAUGAUGUUCAUGCUCCCCAUCAUGAAGUGGCGGGGACAGCCCUGCAGCAAGGAAUUACCCACCUUUCACUGGUUCCUCCUGGAGCUGUCCAUCUUUAUCCUGGUGGAGGAAAUUCUCUUCUACUAUUCACACCGGCUUGUUCAUCACCCGCUUCUGUACAAGCGCAUACACAAGCAGCACCAUGAAUGGACAGCCCCCAUUGGUGUAGUCUCCCUCUAUGCUCAUCCGGUCGAGCACGUGUUUUCCAACAUGUUGCCUUUGCUGGUGGGUCCGAUAAUCCUGGGAUCCCAUGUUGCUUCCAUCAUGGUGUGGCUCUGCCUUGCUAUUCUGGCGACAUCCAUCUCGCACUGCGGCUACCACCUGCCUUUCCUCCCCUCGCCGGAAUUCCACGAUUUUCACCAUCUCAAGUUCAAUCAAUGCUACGGAGUCCUGGGGGUGCUGGACCGCCUGCACGGAACAGACACGCUCUUCAAGCAAACCAAGGCCUACGAGAGGCACAUCAUCUUGCUAAGCCUCACCCCGCUCACGGAGACCAUUCCCGACUCGCCCAAGAAAGCCAAGUGAACCUGCCUUCCCCGUGGCUUGCGGCACGCUCACAACAUGGGGACUCUUGAGAGCUUGGAAAGAUGAUUAUGCCAAAUAAUUUUCUGAUGAAAAGCAAGUUAUUGUUCAUCUUAAGUAGCAAAGACAAAGCGGAACUGUAACCCAUUGCUGGUGAGAUUUGCACUCGCUUCCCUUCCGCCCCCACCAGCCCGGAGCGCAGAGCUCAGCUCCAGGCAGCAGCCCUACAGUUGGGUAGCCUCCUGAAGUGAGCGUAGGGUUUUCUUAGUCCCCUGGAUCAAGCUGCUCACAGACUGCCCCAUGCAGGGUCCCAUAGAAAUGGCUGCUGUUCAGAUCUUCAUUUCCUGCUUGAGGCUUUCGGGCCCAGGACAUCUCACCAACACUGCAUGGGGAAUUCACGAGCACUGUGCUCCAGACAUUCAGCCUGGCCUGAUCUCAUCCCAGCACUCUGGGCCUGGGAGGAUCAACCUGAACACCCCAUGGAAACACACUUGUUGACGCAACAUGGCCCUUCGUAACCACUUCGCCAGCACCAUCAGCCCUGAGAGCUCAACUUCCCACAGGAGUUAUUCCCCAUACCUAUGACAUAAGGGCUUCAAGCUUUAAACCAUCACCGAUCAACAGCGAGGGUCAGGCAGAAGCUACCCCCACAUGGUACCGUGCUACGUUACUGGGAGCACUGAGUAGGUUUUAUUGUUUUAACAAUACGGAGGGUGAAACCAAAAUGCAAGUCACUAAAGGAACUUUCCAGGAGGGAGGCUCUGGACCUGAAGUCCCUUUAGUACAGCCAGUAUGGACUGACCGCUCCAGUAUGGACUGCCAGUAUGGACCGCCAGUAUGGACUGACCAACACUCACCUCACUUCUAGCACAGCAAAGCAGGCAGAAGGAAACCCCUACGAUUGCACAGAGUUAUACGUGAUGGAAGAGCUCCCCGCCAUCACUGUUCUCCUGAGCUGUCUGGGAGGGAGAGCUGCAAAACUCUUCAAGAAAAUGGCCUCCCAGUCAGAAGACCACUACACAAUUAGACACAACUGAAAGUAUCACAUGGUGCCCCGGGAGCGGCGAGCGCUGAAAGUCAGGACUGAUGUGUGUUGGCAGAGCACCAUGGGGGCCCGGGGCUGGAACAAGCAAGGGAAGAGUGCACUGGGUUGAGACUAAGCAGUCCUACAAGCACUCUUCUGCGGACAGCUUGUAGAGUGCCUAGCUGCAGCGUACUGGUCAGGUGCCAUCAGUGUCUCAACUUCACAAGUAUUCAUUCCACGAGAUGUGUCUGAUCUGUCGCUCAGACCCUUAGACCCCAGAGAAUGACCAAGGAGAGAGCAAGGAAGGUUGCAGGGACAGGAGAGUCCAUACCACACUGUCUUUUGAGGUUUUUAUUUUUAUACAUUUUUUUUGUAUUAAAAAGGAAAAAGCAUAAUUACCACAAAUUACAAAGGACUAAAGCAUUACUAGAAUAAUGAAUCACAUCAGCCUAGAAAGCAGAUACUCUGAAUAAUAUUAAUGUUAUAAUACAAGCUCUCGUUCAAGUAUUUUACAUUUUUUUUGUUGUGGUUGUUUCUUUUCCUUUUAAAUGGGAUGAUGAUCCUAGCACACAAGUCAAGAUUAUGUACUAUCAACAGAUGGAUCACAGAGUGGAUCGUAUUAACAAGGUUUUCCUCUCCCGUGAUAAGUCAUUUUAAAUUUGUCUCUACAAUAAAACGCAGCUGAAGAAGGUUGCAAAACACUUUUUGUCUUUUGUUUUUGGGAGUAGAGGGAUGAGGUUGGGACAGACAGAGCCUGGUUGGGAAGGGCAGCCAGAUCAAACUAAUAACCCCUUUUGUUCUGGCUAAGUGAUUGGGCACCUAGACAAAAACACUGGCUCUUUAUUGAAAGGCAGGUUAUCCACACAGCUCUGAGCAGUUCAGAGUGAGAACUGACACUGGAAAACCUUCCCUGCUCCAACCACUUCCAGUUAAAAGCUCAGUGUCAAUUUCCGAGUCGGAAUUCCCUGGGCUGGGGUUCCAACCCCAAUGAUAGUACAUUCUGCAGGGACCAACCAAGGCUGGGGUUGGAAAGGGAGGAGAGUUCGGCCACCCUUUCCCACAGGCACACAACACUAUGCCAGGAAGACUCUAAUGGAUGAAACGAUACCAAGCCCCCCUCUCCCAGGGAUAUCAUUGGUACAAGCCAACCUAUUGUACAAGACUGAUAUUCUGGAGGUGAUGAGCAGCGGGAAUGUACCACUGAGAAAUAAGGAGGAGGGGUUGGGGUGUUAGUUGAAAUACAUCCGACUUUUGACAUGAAAGUGUCUAUAAAAACCAAAAUGGAUAGGUUUACGCCCAUGCCCUUUCACGCUCCGAGAGCUUCCUACCAUAGGGUGUGCUUGUCACAGAUACGUCGGUCCUAUGUUCAAGUGUCUUCAGAAAGUGAAGAUGUAAACGAUUCUUUGAAACGUUACCCCUAGAAUUUUUUUUUUUUU